GAAAUAGAGGACGAUCCCCGUCUGAGAUUAUAGGUUAACUUUCAUCGUUCUGCCUAUGGACAUCCAUCAUCUCAUACAUACAAAUGAAGCACCGUUAGUGGUUGACGAGAAUACAAGAAAACGGAAACGUGAAAAUAGCCUUGACGACUCGGACACAGCAGAUUCUGAAAGUAUAAUUUCUCGCCAGUCUGCUAGAUCAUCUGUAUCGUCAUUAAAUGAUACUAGCCCUAGUCCUAUUGGACUGGUGCCUCCAACAGCCUUUCCAUCGUCAAGCUCGUUAAAGCCAAUCACAUCAUGCAACACUCCAGUGGUAGACUUUAAAUCCCUCUUCGAGGUACUUGCAAAGAACUGUAGCAGUCCUAUUGAGCUAUCGCGUGUAAAGUUUACUGAUACCACACUUCCAAAGGAAAAUGAUGAAUUUGGAGGAGAUUUGACCUCCUUACGUAAAGCAGUCAUCAAGGAAAUACAUGACAAAUAUGUGGAGCCGUUACUUGAACUUACAGGGUACCGCUGGACGAGGAGAGAAGUUCCUUCAAAGGGACGUGGACUCAAAGUUUUCUCGAUUAAAUACUCAUGCUCCCAAGAAGUACGACGGGGACAAGAAGACGCAUCAGAUUCAUCUGGAAGGGGUCGACAGCUCACACAUCCACUCAAACAGUAUACUUGUGAUUCGUCUUACUCUAUCAAAUACACAUGGUCCUCUCAGUUAGUAGAGAUCAACUACAAGCACAUGUGUCAUCCACCAUAUCGAAGACUUCCAGAUAAGCUAAAACCAUUUAUCUUGGAACGACUAGAUAUGAAGGCAUUAGACUUGUACCAGCAAAUUCUUGAAACGCCACAAUUUGCCGACAUCAAGAAGUUAAUCUUAUUCAGCAAAGUUCAAAGCUUCUGGUCCAAAGAACGAAGUCGGAAGAAAGAUGAAACUACAAAGGAUGCUUUCAAAAAGUUCCUCAAUAAAUAGAAAAUUUAUAGACUAAUACAAAAGAGCCUACUACACGGGUUUACUUUCCAAUUUAAUUUUGUCGUAUUAUAUUAAUGCCCUAAUGCAGUGUAUAUAUAUAUAGAUAUAAUACAAAGAAGUCAAGAGGAGACUUCGGAGUUGUUGUGUUUUAGUUUUCUUUCUUGCACUUGUGCCAGCAACAAUGCACCGCUCGUCCACAGUCACAAGUCAGAUCGCUCUGGUAGGAUUGGUAUUAC